GUAUCGAGGUAACAAAACUUAGUCCUCAAACCUCGCGAGAGCAUUUCACUCUCGCUUCACUGAGCGAAGGCCGAGGAUUAGCCAAUCAGGAGGAGGGGGCCUCACCGCGACCAGCCCCCGUUGCCGGGAGACGCGAAGGCACGCGGCCACUAGGGGUGAGGCCUUGAGGGCCCAGGAAAGCUGCGCGCAGCCUUGGAGAUGCUGAUGCGCUUCAAACAGAAUAAAUCCGGCUCUUAGGUGUUCUCCUCCGCCAAGGAAGUCCCAUUUCUAGGCCGGCAGAGCGUGAGGAGAGACCUCAAACAGUCCCCUGAGGAGACCUGCCAAGGCGAGACCAGAGGGAACGAUUCGAGCGCCUCAGAGAGAAAGUUCACUGUGGGCUGAAGGAUUUACUCGAAUGGUUAAAGUGAGCAAGCAAUGGCCAGUAAUCACCAACCUUCAGCAGCUCGCCCUGUUUCUCGAGGUGGGAUUGGAUUGACAGGAAGGCCUCCUUCUGGAAUACGGCCCCCAUCAGGAAAUAUUCGAGUGGCAACUGGAAUGCCACCUGGAACAGCAAGACUGGGCUCUCGUGGUGGUCCCAUAGGGACAGUAGGGGUUCUGUCCUCUCAAAUCAAAGUUGCUGAUCGUCCUGUGACACAACAAGGUUUGAGUGGAAUGAAAACUGGGAUGAAAGGUCCCCAGAGGCAAAUUUUAGACAAAUCUUAUUAUCUUGGGCUUCUUCGAAGUAAAAUAAGUGAACUUACAACAGAAAUCAAUAAACUUCAGAAAGAAAUAGAAAUGUACAAUCAAGAGAAUUCAGUAUAUUUGUCAUAUGAAAAGAGAGCUGAGACUUUAGCUGUUGAAAUCAAAGAGUUUCAAGGACAACUAGCAGACUACAACAUGUUGGUAGAUAAACUUAAUACCAAUACUGAAAUGGAAGAAGUAAUGAAUGAUUUCAACAUGCUUAAAGCUCAAAAUGAUCGAGAAACACAAAGUAUGGAUAUUAUAUUUACUGAAAGACAAGCGAAGGAAAAACAAAUUAGAAGUGUAGAAGAAGAAACUGAACAGGAAAAACAGGCAGCAGAGGGCAUUAUCAAAAAUAUGCCUCCUGAAAAACAAGUCAAGUAUAUAGAAAUGAAAACCAUGAAUGAGAAAUUGUUGCAGGAAUUAGAUACACUUCAGCAACAGCUAGAUUCACUGAACAUGAAAAAAGAGAGCUUGGAAUCUGAAAUAGCACACUCCCAGGUAAAACAGGAGGCUGUAUUGUUGCAUGAAAAACUUUAUGAGUUGGAGUCCCAUCGAGAUCAAAUGAUUGCAGAAGACAAAAGCAUGGGAUCCCCAAUGGAAGAGAGAGAGAGAUUACUUAAGCAGGUUAAAGAAGAUAAUCAGGAAAUAGCCAGCAUGGAGCGACAGUUAACAGAUAUAAAAGAAAGAAUAAAUCAGCUUAAUGAAGAAAUUAGACAACUUGACAUGGAUUUAGAAGAACACCAAGGUGAAAUGAAUCAGAAGUACAAGGAGCUAAAAAAUAGGGAGGAAAAUAUGGACACCUUUAUUGAGACUUUUGAGGAAACUAAGAACCAGGAACUGGAAAGGAAGGCACAGAUAGAAGCCAACAUUGUUGCACUCCUGGAGCACUGUAGUCGAAAUAUAAAUCGUAUGAAACAGAUAUCCUCUAUCACCAAUCAAGAGCUGAAGAUGAUGCAGGAUGAUCUCAAUUUUAAAUCUACUGAAAUGCAGAAAUCACAAAGUACGGCUAGGAAUCUGACUUCAGAUAGUCAGCGUCUACAGUUGGAUCUACAAAAAAUGGAGCUACUGGAAAGUAAAAUGACUGAGGAACAACAGUCUCUAAAAAGCAAAAUUAAGCAAAUGAUAACUGAUCUGGAAACAUAUAAUGAUUUGCCAGCUUUAAAAUCAUCAGGUGAAGAAAAGAAAAAGAAAUUGCAUCAGGAGAGAACAGUAUUAUCAACCCGCAGAAAUGCCUUUAAAAAAAUAAUUCAGAAACUAAACACAGAAUAUGAGACACUAAAAACACAAUUGCAAGAAAACGAGACACAUUCUCAGCUUACAAAUUUGGAGAGGAAGUGGCAACACCAUGAGCAAAAUAAUUUUGUGAUGAAAGAAUUCAUAGCAACCAAGAGUCAAGAGAGUGAUUACCGGCCAAUUAUGAAGAAUGUGACCAAGCAGAUUGCAGAGUAUAAUAAAACCAUCAUGGAUGCUCUACAUAGCACGAGCAGAAACUGAGUCUGAACCAACUACAAGUCUCUAUAGAAAUAUCCUUUUGCUGCUAAACUUCAUACAUGCCAGCUGAAAAAUAAUAGCUUACCCUUGAAGAGUUUUACCUAAAAUUUUUGAAUGUUACAAUUUUUGUGGCCUCUUUGAAGUGUGAAAUUUUAAAUAGUAUAAUAGUUUAAUAAAUAGUUUCUUAUAAAAA